GAAGCGGUGAAGCAGGAAAUUUUUUAUUUUACGGUUUAAAGUGAUAUUAUUUAGUGAACGUAUAUGUUAAUGAUUGUGAUUGAUAAUGUCUAAUCUAAUCGAAUAUAAUGAACUGGAGGUACCAAAAUACUAUUUGGUUCUGUUUUUAAAUAAUGAAUCUAUAAAUAAAGAAAUUGAUAUUGUUCCGGUUAAUUGGCUAACAUACAGUGUUGAAAAUGAUAAUUUUCGUUGUCAAUUUAUGCCUGGGCCGUAUGACCAGUCGAAAUACAAAUUGUUACAAUCAAUGAUUAAAAAAUCAGAGGAUCCUUUACCCGACUGGUCUGAUUACCCCGUCGAAAUCCGUGGGCGGGCUGCCAAUUUCAAAGAAGCUGAAGAAAGAUUAAAUAUUUUAAAAACUAAGCCUUAUGCAUUCAGUACUGACAAUGAUGAAUCAGUGAAGUUAAAACUUUUAAAAGAAAAAAAGUCAUUGACGAAAAUAAAAACAACUACAAGUACCUCUGAUGACUUAAAAAACAAAUUAAAAUCGUUUCAUUUGGAAUUCAAUGACUCAGGAGAAAAAAAUUUUGGGAGUCCCUCAAGCAGUCGCCAUAAGGGAAAAAAAAUAAAAACAAAUAAUAAAAAUAAAGAAAAUUCGAAAUUUACGAAAAAAUCUAAAAAAUUACGGACAGAUGAUGAGAGUCAUAGUAGUAAACUAUCGUACACGAAUUCAUCCCACGAAUCAAGUGAUUCUUCAGCAAUAAGUUUAUUAGAAGAUAAAAGGCGGAAGAAGACAUUACCCAACAAUAAUCCUAAAAAGUUGAAGCUAGAUUCUCCAUUUACGUCAAACUCUAAAAAAUCACGGAUAGAUGAUCAGAGUGGGAACGGUGAAUUAUUGCGCACGAGCUCGUCUCACGAAUCAAGUGACUCUUCACCAAUAAAUAAUUUGUUGCAAGAUCGAAAGCAGACGAAAAUAUCACCAAAAAAUAAUUCUAAAAACUUGAAGUUAGAUGAUACUAAAAGUAGUAGCUGUGACGGAGAUAAUUUUUUCAAUGUAUCGAAUUCAAAGAAACCUUUAGAACAGCAGAAUCCAACCCGACCAUCUAUGGAAAUCAACACGCGGAUUAGCGAAAAACCGAUAAAGAUUGAUAAAGAUUCAUCACAGAGUGGCGUUAUAAAAUACUUUACAAGUAUUAGCAAACAGAUUGGCCAAGUAAACAGUUCUCUUGUUAAAAAUUCAGCGUUGUUGGACAAACUUACUGAUGAUGUGACAGAAAUUAAAAAAAUUAUAAAACAGAAAUGUUUCUGUGGUGGUGGUGGUAAUGUUGGUGAAGACGGUAGCAAUAAUGAAUGUGAAGAGACUCGAGCCGCUGGCGGUGAAAAACUAAAAACUAUAGAUAUUCCAAUGGAGAGCAAAGAAAUUUUUGCUAAUUUCAAUGAACUGCUCAAUACUGACAUCACUUUUCGCAAUCAAGUAGUUUAUCGUAUGCAUCAAUUGGUUAAUAAAGGGGAUAGCCUUAACAAGAACAUGACUGCUGUGAUAAAAAGCUAUAUCUCACGUGAUUUAGCUGUGAUGUACGUUCCGUCCAAACAAGGUAAAGGAGAAAACAGCAAAUUGGUAUUUAAAGAUACUAGUUUUUAUCAAUGCAUACAAGAAGUAAUGCGAAAAAAAAUGAAAAAUACGUCAGGAGGCGAUCUUAGUGACAAAGAUAUUUUAACCUCCAUGUCUGCUACCAUCCGGAAUGCUCGUGACUGGGAUGGAUUCCGAUUUCUAAGGACGCAAAAGAUUGAAAAACCUGCUAAAAACAUAGAACCUACAUAAUGACUG